AAAGGGCAGACAGACAGCUGCUGAAGGUCAGACGAACCCGGAGUUUGCUGUCGCACGUGACCGCUGGGUGUUUACACCCACCUCUGUCUUCUGCCUCCUUCCUACCCAGGGGCCUGACGGUCCGAGUGCAACCGCAGGCCAGCCCCAGUCUCCCAGGCCCGUGGCUGCCGCCCGCGAUGGCGCUGCUGGGCGCGCUCGUCUGCUGCCUGCUGGCCGCCUGGCACGGCUGCCCCGCCCUCGGGCUGCCCCUGGCUCCCGCGGGCGGCCCGAGACCCGCUCCGGCGGUGGGACAGUUUUGGCAUGUGACUGACUUACACUUAGACCCUACUUACCACAUCACAGAUGACCACACGAAAGUGUGCGCUUCCUCCAAAGGCGCAAAUGCCUCCAAUCCUGGCCCUUUUGGAGAUGUUCUGUGUGAUUCCCCAUAUCACCUCAUCUUGUCAGCAUUUGAUUUUAUUAAAAAUUCAGGACAAGAAGCAUCUUUCAUGAUAUGGACAGGGGAUAGCCCACCUCAUGUUCCUGUGCAUGAACUCUCAACAGACACAGUCAUAAAUGUGAUUGCUAAUAUGACAACCACCAUCCAGAGUCUCUUUCCAAAUCUUCAGGUUUUCCCUGCACUGGGUAAUCAUGACUAUUGGCCACAGGAUCAACUACCUAUAGUCACCAGCAAGGUGUACGAUGCAGUGGCAAACCUCUGGAAGCCAUGGCUGGAUGAAGAAGCUAUUCACACUUUAAGGAAAGGUGGCUUUUAUUCACAGAAGGUUUCAACUAAUCUGAACCUUAGGAUCAUCAGUCUAAACACAAACUUGUACUAUGGCCCAAAUAUCGUGACCUUGAAUAAGACCGACCCAGCAAAUCAGUUCGAAUGGCUAGAAAACACACUGAACAUCUCUCAGCAAAAUAAGGAAAAGGUGUACAUCAUUGCGCAUAUUCCAGUGGGGUAUCUGCCCUAUACGGUGGGCACCACAGCAAUGAGAGAAUAUUAUAAUGAGAAAUUGAUAGAUAUUUUUAGAAAAUACAGCAAUGUCAUUGCAGGACAAUUUUAUGGACACACACACAGAGAUAGCAUCAUGGUUCUUUCAGAUAAAAAAGGAAGUCCAAUAAAUUCUUUGUUUGUGGCUCCUGCUGUUACCCCAGUGAAGAAUGUUUUACAAAAACAGACCAACAAUCCUGGUAUCAGACUAUUUCAGUAUGACCCUCAUGAUUAUAAGUUAUCGGAUAUGUUGCAGUAUUAUUUGAACCUGACAGAUGCUAAUCUAAAGGGAGAAUCCAACUGGAAGCUGGAAUAUAUCCUGACCCAGACCUAUGAUGUUGAAGAUUUGCAGCCGAAAAGUUUGUAUGGAUUAGCUAAACAAUUUGCAGUUCUAGACAGUAAGCAGUUUAUAAAAUACUACAAUUACUUCUUUGUGAGUUAUGACAGUGGUGUAAUUUGCGAUGGGAAAUGUAAGUCCUCUCAAAUUUGUGCAAUUAUGAAUCUUGAUCAUGUUUCCUAUGUAGAUUGCCUCAAACAAUAUUAUAUAAAGCAGAAUCUGUAGUAUUUCACAGUUUGUAUUCAGAGAAAAUGUCACAUUGCUCUGUUUCUGAGAUCAGUUUAUGGGAAUUGUUACAUAAAUCUUGUGAGUUACUGAUUGGGCAAGCAGAAUUCUUACUGUCUGCUUUCUUUUCUAUGAUACCCAAAUGUAUAUAUUUUUAACAUUCAAAAUUUUUAUUGUAUUCACUAUAUUUAAACUGCCAAUUACUAGAGUGAUGUUUGGAUGUAAAUAUCCUAUCUUCCAGUUUUUAUAAUUAUGUCUAAUUUAUACUCUUGUUGAAAUUGUCAUUUAUACAAUAAAACAAAUGAUUCUUCCCUAA